UGGGGUCAUACGAUCCUCUCAACGUGGAUCCAUAAAUGAAUGGUGGGCUCGACUGCCACACCAUGCAGGACCGGUCCCUGAUUGGUUCGGUGCACUGCAGGAAUAAACACUCUUAGGGUAUAUAUAAUGCCCUAAGGUGUGACACUUCCAAGAAACGAGAAACCCCCCACGAUAAUAAAGAAGAGCUGCUGCUAAACACUAGUUUAGGAUUAGUAUUCUGCAUUUCAUUUUUUUUUCUUAAACAAAGAUACGGAUUUGAGGAUGAGGGCGCAGAUCCAAAAAGUUCCCCAGAUUGUUGAGCUGCUGAAGAAGAAGUCUGUGGGGCUGCAGCACUUCAAACCAACAUCCUCGGUGUGCGUCUUGGAGGAGAAGGAUGCUGCGGAGGCUGCGCCGUGCCCCCACGCUGCCACCAGAGCGCACAGUCUGGACGCGAUCCCGGGACCCACCAACUGGCCCCUGGUCGGCAGUCUGGUUGAACUCCUGCGCAAAGGAGGUCUGACGAGACAGCACGAGGCACUGGUUGAUUAUCAUAAGAAAUUCGGUAAAAUCUUCCGGAUGAAGCUGGGCUCCUUUGAGUCGGUGCACAUCGGCGCACCUUGCUUGCUGGAGGCGCUGUAUAGGAAGGAGGGAAGUUACCCCCAGAGACUGGAGAUCAAACCCUGGAAAGCAUACAGGGACCUGAGAGACGAGGCGUACGGACUCCUCAUCCUGGAGGGGAAAGACUGGCAGAGAGUGCGGAGCGCUUUUCAGCAGAAACUCAUGAAACCGACGGAGGUGGUGAAGCUUGAUGGCAAAAUAAAUGAGGUGCUGGUGGAUUUCGUUGGCAGAAUUGGAAAAAUAAACGUCAGUGGGAAGAUUGAAGACUUGUACUUCGAACUGAAUAAGUGGUCGUUUGAGACCAUUUGUCUCGUCCUCUAUGACAAGAGAUUUGGUCUGCUGCAGGAGAAAGUCAACGAGGAGGCCAUGAACUUCAUCACAGCUGUGAAAACAAUGAUGAGCACAUUUGGGAUGAUGAUGGUCACACCUGUGGAGCUCCACAAGAGCCUCAACACCAAGACAUGGCAGGACCACACGGCGGCAUGGGACCGCAUUUUCAGCACAGCCAAAGUCUACAUCGACAAGAAGUUGAAGAGGAACGCCAUCAGAGCCCCUGAUGAUUUAAUCGGUGACAUCUUACACCACAGCUGCCUUUCAAAGAAGGAGCUGUACGCGGCCAUCACAGAGCUGCAGAUUGGAGGAGUAGAGACGACCGCCAACAGUAUGCUGUGGGCUAUUUUCAACCUGUCACGUAACCCUGGCGCCCAGAGGAAGCUGCUGGAGGAGAUUAGAGAGGUGGUGCCUCCUGACCAGGACCCUUGUGGAGAGCACAUCAAGAGCAUGCCCUUCCUCAAAGCCUGCCUCAAGGAGUCUAUGAGGUUAUCGCCAUCAGUUCCAUUCACCAGCAGGACCCUGGACAAAGACACUGUGUUGGGAGAUUAUGCCAUUCCCAAAGGAACCGUUUUAAUGAUAAACAGCCACGCACUGGGCUCCAAUGAGGAGUACUUCGACGACGGGAAGCAGUUCAAACCUGAGCGCUGGCUGCGAGAGAAUAGCACCAUCAACCCCUUUGCUCACGUUCCCUUCGGCAUCGGAAAGAGGAUGUGCAUCGGCCGGCGGCUGGCAGAGCUGCAGCUGCAGCUGGCCAUGUGCUGGUUGGUCCGAGACUAUGAGAUUGUGGCUACAGAUAAUGAGCCGCUCGACGUGAUCCAUUCGGGACUGCUGGUUCCCAACAGAGAACUGCCGGUCGCCUUCAUCAGGAGAUGAGGCUCCAUAUUCAACUCUUCUGGACAUAGUAACAGAAAGACGAUACCUCUGUUGCCAUGGCCCUGACAGUCCAGUGACUCCCUGUAUUGCUGCUCUGUAAAUAGAACAAAAAGACAAAGAAAUUAUUAUACAUGUAAUGAUGCCAUAAAUACCUCAAACUUGUUUUAAACUUUUACUUAUGGCUGUUAAUGACUGACCAAAAUACCAGUUGUAAUGUACAAAUUGAAUGUUGUACCAAGGCAGCUGUUUGCAUAUCUUAAUGUAAUGUCCUCAUCUCAGACAUGUGUAUGUAGAUGUCAAACUAUUAACUAUAUGCUUUUCCUUGUUUAAUAACUUAUAUUAUAUAUAUAUAU